GGACCUGUUCUGGGUUAUCACUGUAGAUGGGAUCUGCUGUUUUCUUUGCGCUCAGGAUGGUUAUGCCCGCAAUUGAAACGCAUGGAGUAGAGUAAAAGAAAGGCUUCAAACCCGCGUAAUCAUGAGAUGCCACUGGGUUGGUUUUGUCUCAUAUUUCGUUUUGCUGCCACUAAAAGUUUGGUGUCAGCCAGUCAUCUCCCCCAGCGGGCCUCACAUAGUCGUCCCCAAGAGGGACAGGCUGGAGCUGCGUUGCCAUGACAAUGCCACGACGUCUGGAGCCCCGUCCAGGUUGAGGUGGCAGAAGGAGAGGGGUCGUAGGCUGGAGGGCGAGGUGGAGGAGGGCGGAGUGGCUUAUGUCAAGGUGUCGGCAGCACAGGCCUACCAUAUGGGUCGUUACGUGUGUGUCAACAACAGCACACUGGAACACAGCUCCAUCUAUGUCUAUGUGCGAGACCCCCAGAAUGCCUUUCAGCGCACAAUGGUAAACCACAUCCUGGUGCGUGCAGGUGAGAACUGCACCAUCCCCUGUCUUGUGACUGACCCUGAGGUCUCCCUCCUGGCCUUGGAGACCUGCGAUGGACGACCUUUGCCCCCCGGUAUGAGUUACCACAGCAACAUCCAGCGAGGUGUCAUCAUCAGCAAAGUGAAAAAGGAAUAUGAGGGCUGUUUCGUGUGCGUGGGACAACUAGGAGGAGUCAAAGUGACGUCCAGCCAAUACACUGUGGACGUACGACUUGUGCCAGAGGUGCCUCCAGUGAUCUCGCUUUCCCAGAAAGACACCGUUAUUCUGAGGAAAGGAGAGCAGUUUGAGAUCACCUGUAGCUCUGUCAACAUCAACCCGGACUUCAGUGUCAAGUGGGAUUUCCCGUCAACAGCGCAUCCUAACGAAUCCAACACCUCACACAUCCUGCCCGGUUCCCGCGGUUAUCAACGUGCCACCUCACUCUUGAUCACAGCUGUCAACCUAUCAGACUCAGGUGAUUACCGUUGCCAAGCCCACAAUGAGAGAGGCACCAGUGAAACUGCACUGCAGCUUGAUGUCAGAGAUCAGGGCUUUAUCACCAUGUUAGGAACUCCAGGUCCAGUCCAGGCUGAUGUUAAAGAGGGGGAGAGCCUUAGCCUUAAAGUUGAACUUGAUGCCUAUCCUGCUCCCCGCUCCCUGUCCUGGUCUUACAACAGCAAACAGCUCCUCAACACCACGGAGCACGUUAUCACCAUCCACCGCCGCAAAUACAGACUCUUCAGCGAGCUCAGACUAGUGAGGGUACUUGGAUCUGAGGGGGGGAUCUACAAGUUCUCAGCCCGCCAUGAAGACGCAUCUGUCGAUCAUUCAUUCCAUGUGUACGUCAACAGUAAACCGGUUAUUGUCGCCCAGGAAGGCCCUGUUGAUGGACAGGUGCGCUGCAUUGCCUCUGGUUACCCAGUCCCUAAAAUAAGCUGGUACUUCUGUGAGCUGCCCCACACCAGGUGCUCACACCUGCCAAAUGCCACCCAAUGGGAGACUCCGGAUGUCGCCAUGGUCAUGGAGUCCACCUUCGGCCGGAGCGAGGUGGUGAGCCGACUGAAUGUGAGCAAGGAGCACGCACACUAUCACACUCUGGAGUGUGUGGCGAGCACAGAGGGGGAAGAGGCCUACACACUGUUCUCCAUCAGUGAACGCACUGUCCCCCAUAAACUCUUCACUCCUCUUCUAUCUGGCAUGGUGGCCACUGGCAUCUUCCUCAGCCUCGUCCUGGUGGUGCUGUUCUAUAAAUACAUGCAGAAACCAAAGUUCCAAAUCCAGUGGAAGGUCAUUGAGAGUAUCCAUGGCAACAACUACAUAUACAUCGACCCCACCCAGCUGCUGUAUGACUCCAAAUGGGAGUUUCCUCGACAGAAAUUACGAUUUGGUAAAACACUGGGUUCUGGAGCUUUUGGAAAGGUAAUGAGGGCCACAGCAUAUGGACUCUGCUCUGCAGAUACUGUAACAACCGUGGCUGUUAAAAUGCUUAAACCCAACGCUCAUUCUACGGAGAAGGAGGCGCUGAUGUCAGAGCUGAAGGUCCUCAGUUACCUUGGAAACCACGUGAACAUUGUUAACCUGCUGGGGGCCUGCACUGUCGGAGGCCCAAUUUUGGUGAUCACAGAGUACUGUUGCUAUGGCGACCUCCUCAACUUCCUGCGCAGAAAAAGAGAGUCCUUCUUAAACUCCCAAGUUGGUGAUGGUUACUAUCGCAACGUCUCAAACCCAACAGAGCCUGCAACAAGAGAGGUGACCGGGGCAGGAUACAUGCCUAUGCGUCCCUCUGAGAAAGAAAGUUCUUCCCACUCAGAUGACAUCGGGGAGCUGUCUCUGGACGCUGAAGAUCUCCUCAGCUUUUCCUACCAGGUGGCCAAAGGAAUGGAGUACAUUACUUCAAAGAAUUGCAUCCACAGGGAUCUUGCAGCCAGAAACAUUCUGCUGACUCACGGCAGGGUGGCGAAGAUCUGUGACUUUGGCUUGGCACGAGACAUCACCACUGACGCCAGCUAUGUGCUCCGGGGCAAUGCUCGCCUGCCGGUCAAGUGGAUGUCCCCCGAGAGCAUUUUCGACUGCGUCUACACCUUUGAGAGUGACGUGUGGUCCUACGGCAUCCUGCUAUGGGAAAUCUUCUCUCUGGGUAACAGCCCGUACCCUGGGAUGCAGGUGGGCUCAGUAUUUUAUAGGAUGAUUCAAGACGGCCACAGGAUGAGCAGGCCAGAGUAUGCUCCCAUCGAGAUGUAUGACAUGAUGCUGUCCUGUUGGAACCACGAUCCUUUGAAAAGGCCUUCCUUCAGGAAACUGGUGGAGAGGACUGAGCUGCUGCUGUCAGAAAAUACCCGGAAUGUGUACCUGACUCUGAGCAGUGCUCCAAAUCAGCCGGAGCAGCAGAGGGCGCCAUCGCGGAGGCUCAGCUCAGUCUGCAGCACCACAGCCCCAACCCAGCCUUUACUGCAAAACACAGCUGACGUCUUCCUGGACUAUGUCUAACACACACAUGCACAUACACACACACACACACAAAAACAUACAUAUGCACAUACACACUGCUAUAAAACACACAACCCCCCCCUACCUCCCUGAUCAUUCUCUCCUUUUACCGCACAAACAUCAAGAGCCAAAUACACUGUAAACUAAUAACACAUUCAAUCAAACUAACUCUCAAACGCUGGCCUUUCUGCAUCACACACACACACACACACACACACACACACACACACACACACACACACACACACACUCUGUAUAUAUACACGGCCCUGCACUGGGCUCUCAGUACUGGCCUCUAUCUAAUCUCCCCAUUGGCGUAUUGAUCUCUGUAGUAGGUAUUUCAGGUGCACGUCUAUAUAAAGCAGACUCCAGCACUAACCGCCCAUCAGAUACAACAUCCCCCAUCAGCAGCGGGAGGAGUUUUGGCUCACAUUCAGCCUUAGAUUACAUCUUAAGAUGCUUUGGGGAAAACAGAGACCUUUGACUGAGGAACAGAUAAGCACAGAUGGUGCUGUGAUGAGUGGACUGUUUUUUUUUUUAAAUGUGUGUCACAUUUGUUUCCCCUUUUACGAGAAUAUUUUGUCAUUUUGUUAAAUAUGAAUAAACGCCACUUUCUUGGAGGGUUAGAUGAGAAGAUUGAUACCACCCUAAAAUCUGUGCAGUAAGUUUGGAGGAUAAGCCUACAACCGUUGAGCUUAUCUUAGCAUAACGCCUGGAAAUGGGGGUUAACAGCUAGCCUCUGUCUGACAGUGAUUAAAUCUGUCUACCAACACUAAGUUCACAAAUGAACACAAUAUAUCUGGUCCAUUGAUUUCUGUGAAAAAGUGACAAUAUGUGGUUUUUGAGAAGUUAUAUGUGUACUAUUUCUUGGCUGGGAGCAGUGAUUUCCCGAUGUAUUUGCUGGUUAUUAUUUGACCUGAAUUUAUUCCACAUUUUUUUGUCUUUGAGAAUUAAUAAGAGGUUCGCCUAUACACAGCUUGAUGUUUCAAAUAACACAACUUGUGUUGGUAUUACAAAUGUUUGUUUCAUGCCUCCGCGCCAACAAUAGCCAUAGUUGGUGGCAUGACGUUUUACAUUAUGCGUGUCUGUCUCAUUUUCGUGAAUGCAAAAUCUCAAGAAAGUCUUGAGGGAAUGUUUUCAAAUUUGGCACAAAUGUCCACAUGGACACUGAAGAGAUUUUGAUGGUCAUAAGUCAAAAAUCACUGUGACCCCGUCUGCCUUAUUCUCAUGAACAUGGUAUCUUAAAAAGACUAGAGAGAAUUUCUUUAAAUCUGGCAGAAACGUCCACUCGGACUCAGCAAUGAACUGAUUA